GUGCGCAUAAACAUGCUUACGAAGUUUAUUCUUAGCGCAGGGGAAAUCCCAAAAUGGUGCGAGAAACGAAAACACUAGGCCAGGGAGAUGUCGGUGUACCAGAGCCAAGACAUUUACCAACUGUCAGAAACAUCGUUGUUUACGAUUCUUCACGACAAGUGGAAAACUGGGAGCUAAUGUGGGUCGCCCAGCAGGUGUGCGAUGCCGACGACUUGCAUCACUGGCUGUUGACAUUCACUGAUUUCAUUCCACGGAAGGAUUACCAAGAGAUAGAGAAAGAAUAUAAGGACACGGUAGAGAAAACAUAUCGUCUGAUGCUGCGAUGGAAAAGGGAGGAAACCAACGGACUCUUACAACUGAAGAACCUGGCCGAAAAACUACGCUCAAUACGGCACCCAGAAAUAGCCGAACAGUUAGAGCCGUAGAUCGGCCAAAUUUACUGAAAGAGUAAGCAAUGGAACAAGUACCGGUACCUUUGUCAAUUAAAGUGGCACUGUCAUCAAUGAAGUCACCAAAAAAGAUUACUGUUGUCAACAGUGUUGACAAUAAAAUUAUUGUGAAGUUCACACUGAACUGAUAAUUCGCAGAUCAACUUAUUUUUUUUUUUUUUUUGUAUAUGUGUUAUAGACAACUUUGAAAGAGUAACCUUUGCUUGUUUUAAAUUGUAUAAAACUGGGGAACUUAUGCCAGAGCCAUACAUCAAGAAAAAGGCAUGAUGAGCUCACCAUUGCUUCAUUUAAAAAUGCUCUGCAUGUGUGUGUGAACACGUUAUCAUUACUGUAUAUAAUCAACAACACGGCAACAUAACAAACUUCAUGCUGCAGAGCAAUGUUGAUUACUUAUAUACAUCAACCUUGAUCACUGAAAAUAAUCAACUUCAUAUGUCUAGAAUUUUAUUUAACUUUCAUUGAAUUUUACGAGCUAUAAAUGCAACUUGUGGUCGUAAUUUAUAGGCUUAAGGUACAGUAGAUCCUUUUAUUACAUAUUUAGUAACAAAUACAGGUUUUUGGCAUAUGUGAAAUAGAUGACAUCACAAAACUUGUAUCAGCCUCCGGGGCUGAUACAGGUUAUCAGCCCUGUAGAGCUGAUCCGGAUCCGUAUCACACCCCUUGCGGAACUCCUCUGCCUUUUUUUCGUUUCGGCAUUUGUGCAUGUCAACAGACAAAAAUAACACAUUUGUUUCAGUUGACAUUUUUUAGUGCAGUUGAAAACUUCAAAUGCUAGCAAAUGUUUGGAGCAGUUAACUUUUAAAACCUGAGGAAAUUCCGGUUCGGUAGCUACAUGAUUGUUAAAACAGAAACAUAAAUAAUUAUUUAUUUGUUUAUGUCUCUGGUUAAAACAAUUAAAUCUCAUAUGAAAGUAGCAUAUACAUUUUACCUUCAACUGAUAUUUACCAGUAAAAUCAAUUUGUUCAAGUUACCAGGUAAUGUUUUUUUUAAUUUUUAAUAAUACGAAGUAUGUAAUAAAUAUAAUAAUAGAUACCCUUUUCCCAUAUCACAUCCUGUAUCAGCCCUCGACCAAUAUUAUCCAUUGGGCCUUUUGCCUUCGGGCUGAUAUUGGAGUCUCUGGCUGUAAUAUGGAAAAGGGUAUGUAUUAUUCUAUCUGUAAUGGUACAUACCCCUGUUAUAUACCGGUAUCAAGAUAAAGAGCUGUUAUCUCCCUUUGACCAGAUUUCUGGUAUACAUUAAGCAUGUUAAACUCUGACCAUGAAUCCAUUCAAAUUACAGGUAUAAACAUACUGAAUGUAUUUCCUCUUUCAAUUAAAGAGGCAUGGACACAAUUUUGGUCAAAAUUAUUUUUUUGAUUUUUUCAGUAAUGCAUUUUUAACAUGUUUAAUACUUAAUAGGCAACCAAAAUUUGAGUGUCAUUUGUUGAAUUAUAAGCGAGUUACAGAGCUUACAAUUCUUUGCUAUGUAAACAAAACUUUUAUUUACAUUUUAAAUGUUGAAGUAAAAAUUCCAGUUUUAGACCUAAAGCAAACGACGUAUUAAACGUUAAAACUGUUUAAUUAUGCUUAAAAUGAAUAUGAAGAUAGACAAAUUAGCUUGAAAAGGAAUUUUAUUUUACGGGUAUAUUGAACCUAUGUAAACAAAAACAGGGCACGAGCCUUGUUUACUUGACAAGAGAAUUGUGAGCCCUGUAUCUUGCUUGUACAUGUAUCUUCACAAGUGACGUUCAAAUUUCAUUUGAUCAUUAGAAAUGCAUUCCUAAAGCAUUGUAAACAAUAAAAACAGAAAUUAGUAAAAAAGAAAAUCAACCAGUUUUUUUUUGUUUUAUAAAUAAAGAUGUGUACGUAUUUCUCUCAAUAAUUUAAUAAUGUAAAAAAAAUCAUGCUACGACAUUUCAUGCUGACUUAUUGAACAUCGAUUAAACCUGAAUGCAUGGUGAAAUCUAAAUAUUAAACGAGACAUUCAACCUGUCAAAUUUAGAUAUUAACGAGAACUAUUUUUCUUAGAUAUUUUAACCAUACAAUGUCGAUAAAAAGUCACAGGUCUUAUAAAGUUCAAGAUAAUUUU